UGACAGCUUUAUGAGUAGGAAAACAACAGUCCAAAUCUAAAAUCUAAAAAUAAAAUAAAAACAAAUUCAUAAUCAUUUAUUGAAGAGUUGGUUUAAAUUUAAUGUCAAUAAAAACUGCACUUUUUAUUAGAAAAUUCAGGUUAUGAUUGGCGUGACUCUAACUUUACAAUAACUCAGUUUUGUAUGAUAAAAACUUUAGAAAAAUGGUGUUAGUAAAUGCAGGCUACUGGUCUUUGUUAUGUAGAGGUCGGAAGAAAAAGAUCGCAACAUUGAUAACGAUGUUAAUUUUACUAAUUAAUGCAAUGUUUUAUGUAAGCUUUGAAUUGUACAAUAGUGUGAAACAGCGGCACAAGGAACCUUGGUAUAAGAGCCUGCAUUUUGAUGAGAAUUCGUAUGUGGAUAAGACUGGUAUGAGGGUUGUAGUGGGACACUAUGUUGGUGGUAAUAUUGGAGGCAAUUUGUCAAAUGAAUUAAUCCAUAGAAACAAUUAUUCUCCUGUGCCUGGAGAAGGGGAGGGUGGCAGACCAGUAAUGCUGUCCCAGAAGGAAUUAAUUACAGCAAGAGAAUUAUAUGCACUACACUCCUACAAUAUACUAGUUAGUGAUAAAAUUUCAAUUAAUAGAAGUCUUCCAGAUUUUAGAAGUGAUAGUUGUAAAAGUAUAGAAUAUGAUAUGAAUAAUCUUCCAACUGCUAGUGUGGUCAUCGUUUUUCAUAACGAGGCUUGGUCAACUCUAAUGCGUACUGCGAUGUCGGUACUAAUCAGAUCACCAGAAAAAUUGCUAAAGCAGAUAAUUCUGGUUGAUGAUGCUAGUGAUAGGAAAUAUUUGGGAAAAGAUUUGGAGCAGGCCAUUGAGAAGCUGGACAAAGUUCAGUUGCUCAGAAGCCCGGAAAGGACGGGUCUGGUGGGGGCGCGGCUCAUGGGGGCGAGGACUGCUACUGGAGACGUCUUGGUCUUUCUAGAUGCACAUUGUGAAGUCACUCAAGGAUGGUUGGAGCCGCUGUUAGAUAGAGCUGGCAACGACGACGUAUUUAUUUGCCCUCACAUAGAUUUAUUAUCUGAAGACACGUUAGCUUACACUAAGAGUAUAGACGCUCACUGGGGCGCGUUCAGUUGGCGUCUGCAUUUCCGUUGGCUGAUGCCGAGUAGCGAGGUGAUGAAGAACAAAUCCGAGAAUCCAUCCAAACCAUAUCCUACUCCUGCGAUGGCCGGCGGAUUGUUUGCGGUCAGAAAGAGUUUGUUCUGGCGGCUAGGGGGCUAUGAUGAAGGAAUGGUCAUUUGGGGAGCUGAGAACCUGGAGUUGUCUUGGAGAGCUUGGCAAUGCGGCGCCAGAGUGGAAAUCACCUCUUGUUCCAGGGUCGGCCACAUAUUUAGGAGGCACAGUCCCUAUAAGUAUCCAGGCGGUGUAGCUAAAGUCCUGAAUUCGAAUCUUGCGAGAGCGGCAACCGUAUGGAUGGACGAAUGGGCAGAUUUCUUUUUCAAAUUCAAUCCUUCGGUGGCUGCCAUCCGCGACCAACAGCGGGUGGCCGAUCGCGUGGAGCUCCGUAAAAACUUGAAUUGCAAAUCUUUCAAGUGGUAUUUGGAUAAUGUUUGGCCGCAACAUUUUUUUCCUACGAACAAGAGGUGGUUCGGGAGAAUACGGAACGACAGGGGUAGUUGUUUAGGUGUCGUUUCUAGUACACCAGGUCUGGGUGGCCCUGCUGCCGGUAUCGAUUGCGGUAACGAUUUAGAUAUCGAUAGACUAAUAGUUUAUACACCCGAGGGUAAAUUGAUGGCAGAUGAAGGAUUGUGCUUGGAACAAGGCAACGGUAGGGCGGUUUGGAAGAGUUGCAGCGACAAACAGAAGCAGAUUUGGAUACAGAAGGGUCCUAGGUUAGAGACCGAUGGAGGUCUGUGUUUGACGUUAUUGAAAAGUGAUAGUAAAAACGGCGUCGGUAGCGCUUUGACGGCAAAGAAAUGUAUGAGUGACGUGGGACAGAUAUGGCAUUUCGAACGUGUGCCUUGGCGUUAAUAGAAUCGGUAUGUUGUGAUAAAUAGUAUUAAAAAUAUUUCGUGAUGUAUUUAAAUACUACCAGUGAGUAUGAAAGGGUAUUUUACUUUUAGGCAGCUAUUUAACAUCCAAUGCAAAACAGGCAACGAAUGCUCAAAAACAGGUAUAGAGGGAAAUGCUUGGAACACAAUUUUUGACUUCGUAUCUUUGUUAGGACUAGUUAGGAGGUAAACAUAUCAAAAGUCCCCGCCCGUAGCCCUUAAGCCGGGGGGAAGGGUGGGGGGGGAUUGAAGGUUUUAUUUUUAGGGUUUUCGCAUAUAUCUCGGAAACUAUGCAUCCUAGCGACAUGAGACUUUGACAAAAGUGAAAGCUGAUUAAAAUUGCUACAAGUCUUAUUCAGUCAAGUUUUUUGAUAUCUUGUAUAGUUUUCGAGAUACCCGCAUUUAAAAGUCUGUAAUUAUGGAAAAAAAAAUUUGCUUCACAUUUUUGCUCUAUUUGACCGGAUAACUCUUCAACAAUGCUGGCCGUAGGGUUGUUGGUUCCACCAGUGAGCAGCAUACCUUUUCGUUGCCUGGACUAUAUAUUUUCCAUUAAAUCUGUUUAUAGUAAGUAUGACAACAAAAUUUCUUCAAAUGCGUUAAAUUAACAAACAUUGAUUAGAUAUCUGUCGAAAAAAGUAAGCUUUACAUACUAUAAGUAAUUUUUUCGCAUUUUUUCACGAAGCUCUGCGGCAUGUUGACUUUUCACCCGUCCGCGCGUGACUGUGUACCAAGAAGUGCUCGAGUAGUGUUCAAGCACUUCUUGAUUGGGACACAUUUUGAGCGCACGUGGUGUAUCUAUCGUGGGUAUUUAAUAUCGUUGCUUGGUGUUUGUAAAGUUGACAGUAUUUUUUUUUUCUUUUUAUUCUUAUCAACCAUGACAGAAAAAACAUUUAUUAUUAAUACAAGACUGCGACUGAGCAUAAGUAUUAAAACUUGUAGGUAUUUUUAUCACUGCGUUAUGAAAGUAUUGCGUUUUAAGAUAAGCGGUUGCCAUGUGGAAUUGAUAUACUUAUUGGUUCUGACUGAUCUGAGAUAUUGUAAUUGAUAUAAAAAAUCAAAUACCUGAUACCUAAUUUUAAAUUAACAAAUAUUUUUAUUUUUUAAGUGUAAUAGAAAAGUACAUCUCAUUGAUGUUUCUAGUCUUAGUUUGAUAAUUUGUGAUUUUUUCAAAUAAGUACUUUCACUUAUAUUUUUAGCGUUAAUUAUAUUCAAUCUCAUUCCAUUAAAUAUUAAGAACCGAAUUACACUACUUAGAGCUUAUUAAUUAAAAUAUUUUAAUUCUAUUAAUGUACUUAUUACUCUAGAUAGGUAUUAAUGGAAUUGUUCGAAUUAAAUUUUAUGCAACGCAAUUUGUAUUACAAUAUUUAGCAUAUUUACUCCCGGAUACAUCUAUCGACCCACUUAGUGUUAUAACUUGUUACAAGUUUCAACGGGCUGUAGCAAAAUAUAUGUAUAUGGUUGAGCAAUAAUUUUAAAAACACGAAAAUGGUUUAUAGAUCGGCUUCAAAACUGCGUAGGUAAUAAAUUAGAAUACAUUCAGUUUAAGCUAGGGACCGUCAAAACUUGAAUUGCUGGGUGGGUCGAUACAUGUUUCUGGAAGUGUAGUUAAGAAAAGCUAAUAUAAAAUAUGGCUUUUCGGGAACUCAUUUGGGAGCCUUUUUAUGAUUCUGUAAGUAAUUAUUGUUUGAAGCUGGUAUGCGUUUGAUGAAAUCAUUUCUAUGUAGAACCGUCCUCAUAGAAAUUAAGUGUAACUAAUGUCUUUUUUUACUUUUUUAUAAAAUAACAAUACUAAUUUUAGUAAUCUCUGAAAUGUGAUUAUUGUAUUGUUAUUACUACGAUUUAAAUACAUGGGCUACGUGUACAAUAUUGAUCAAUGUUCAAAACUAUAGUGUGUUUCAAACAUUUGAGAGCAAAAUCAAACGAAAGGAUAAGUCUGACUUAUCAUCGUAAAUUGAUCAAUGUAAUGAUCAGGUUUAAACAUUUUAUUAAAUUGCUGAUUUAGGGGUAAAGUAUUUGUUUACAAACGUUCAAAUUUGUUUGAAACUGACCUUAAUCAACUACGUGUUAAAACCUUAGAUUAAAACAAAAAGGGUAGAUACGGCACUAGCCUCACAAAAGUGAUCCGCAUGAAUUGUGGUCCACGACCCAAAUCGCUUUAGUCACAACUUGACAUGCAAACAACGUACAUGCGAACAAGAAAUAUUUCUAAUAUUUUGUGUUUAUAUGAUAAAACAAUG